AGAAAAAAAUCAUUACGACCACCCAUAUAUUUCUUUCUUCAUCGCAUUGCUGCGGAGGCCCUUGAUUUCUCUGGCAAAUUAUACCAUAUUCUCUUCUCCGUACAUUUCUUCUAAUUUUAAACACAAUGGGAUGGUUCUGGGCAGAUUCACAGCGGCCGGCCGCUGUGCCUAUCACCACCGCUCCUUCCGCGCCUCCGCCUGGAUGUCCUAUGCACCAGAAAGACGUCACAAUCCAAAAUUCAAAUGAACCCUCUCAAAGCGCUUGUCCCGUGAAGAGGUCGCCAAACUCGCCAUUUUUUGCCCAACCAUCCCCAGAACAACCCUCCUCAACACCCGCCCAGACAUCCUCAAGCACUUCGAAAAUCAACCCCUUCAACUACAUGUUCUCAUUCAUAUCUCAAGAGCGUGCAUCCAACCAAACCGUCGAUCUCCCCGUCGAACGCGAGAUCUCAUCAAUCCCUCGCGCCGACGGCGCUGGCGGCAACUGGGAGUAUCCAUCCCCUCAACAAAUGUACAACGCGAUGCUGCGAAAGGGAUACACAGACACACCCCAAGACGCCGUGGAAUCGAUGGUCGCCGUACACAAUUUCCUGAACGAAGGUGCCUGGGACGAAAUCGUCGAGUGGGAACAGAUAUUCUCCAAGGGCUUGAAGAGCGGAUGGGAAAAGUGUCGGAAUGGGAAUGAGAAUCUGGCAACUGAGUUGGCGAAACAACGCUUGAGAGCUGGGGGGGAAGAUGUGCAGCCGAGUCUGGUCCGGUUUCAGGGACGGCCGCAGGAGUUGAGUCCAAAGGCGAGGAUUUUACAGGCCUUGGGAUGGCUGUAUCCGGAAAAAUUCGGUGCUGAACCCCCUUUUGAUCGCCAUGACUGGUACGUUUCUCGCGAGACUCCAUCCGGGACGAAGGAGGUUCGCUAUGUGAUUGACUAUUACUCGGGGCCACCGGAGCCAACUGGGGAGCCGGUCUUCUUCCUGGACAUCCGACCAGCUGUGGACACACCAACAGCAGCUGUCGAACGACUUAUGCGAUGGGGCGGCGAUGUCUGGUGGAGAGCCAGCGGCGGAGCAGUGCGAAACGCCAAAUAGUCACUUCCAUGGUGCAUACUACAUCUCCUCUAUCUCCUCUCUGGUUGAGCUCAGCACGGAUCUUUCUUGGUUCUGCUCUGUUUAGGGACAAGUAAAUGCUCCGAUUUUUGUAAGAUGCAUUGUAGGUUUUGCGGCGUACUUGUUUGUAUUACUAAUAAAUGAUUUGAUGUCUACUAUGUAUAAAAUUGAUUAUGUACUAUCACUUACAAUUCGAUAUAUUAAUAUACAACGUUAAAACCAGUGAAAGC